AUCGAAAAGAGGUACUUCAUUCAUUUUCUCUCUCCUAAUCAAUUGGAGACGUCCAAUAUUUCUUGCCACUUUAUACAUCUCCAUCUUUGUUGCUCAGGUAGAAGCCAAGAACACAAAACAAGAAAGUCAUGGGUAGAAGUAAGCCAACAAAAUCACAGUCUAAAAAUUCAAGAUUGCUACAAACACAAUAUCUUGCCUCCAAAAACAGCUCUGAGUAUUCUCAUGUUAGAAAGAUGACUCAGAAAGUUGUGAUCACAGUGCAAAUGGAAGCAAAAUCUUUAAAGCAGAAAAAUGCAGGGCCACCUUCAGAUUGUUGGUCUUGGAGAAAAUAUGGACAAAAACCCAUUAAAGGAUCCCCUUACCCCAGGGGAUACUACAGAUGCAGCAGUUCAAAGGGUUGUUCAGCUAAAAAACAAGUAGAAAGGUGCAGUAAAGAUGCAUCUUUGUUCAUCAUCACAUAUACAUCUAGCCAUAAUCACCCAGGUCCAAACUUGCCUAACAAUAAUCAAGACUCUGUUACACAAGAACCAAUAGUGGAUCAACACGUGUGCCACGACGAAGACAACAAUGAUGAUGAUUAUAAUGAUGAACCACAAAGCUGCAAAUCCCCAUUGAAUAGUACUACUACUAGUUCUACUACUACUACUACCAGUAUUUCUCAAGGCAUACUUGAAGAGAAUCUGUUCACUGAUAAUUUCUUGGGAACAAUUUCAUAUGAUGAUUUUCUGCCCCUUUCUUACCCUCAACUGAUGAAUUUCCCGAAAUCCGAAUUGUCGGAAGAAAAUGACUUUUAUGAUGAAUUAGGAGAAUUGGAGCUACCUCCAUCUUCUACGUCCUUCGCAGGCAUUUUUGAGGAGGCAAUCCUUGUAGAUCCAUCCUCUUAGUAAAAUGCAGAUAUCAGUCGUCAAGUAGUAGGAGUUGAUUUGUCAAAUAGUCACUCGGUUAAUAGUUUUUGUCUCAGAAAGACAUUUUUUUUGUUGUAGUUGAAAUGACUUUCUAAGAUAAUAACUAUUAGUUAAGUGAUCAUCUGAGAAAUCAGUUGCAGGUAGUAGUGAUCUAUUAAGUUUGUGAAUACCUUGAUGGAUUUUGUUGCCAUUAUGUCACUUGGCACAUUGUAUAUAAAGUUAUCACAGGAAGGAACAUCAAACAUUUCAUUUGAGGGUGUACUUUUGUAGCCAUGUAAAGGAAACUCAGUUCUUUGUUUCUUCAAUAGGAUGGACAAGUUUAUUUA